AUGGGGGUCACGACGGCCGCAGCAACCCCGAGGUCCCUGUUACCGGUGGUGCAGAAGUUCUUCCGGCCCGUUUCUGCCUCUUCGUCUUUCCGCAUUGCCGGGUUGAACAGGACUUCUCACAUUUAUCAACCGCUUCUAGCAAAGAAAGCGGCACCACACGGAAGGAUCACCGCCCCCGCCGCAAGUCGCUCCGGCUCCUUGAUCGACUCGGAAUACAUGCUCCUUAUCCUCAUCUUCCCGAAAGCCGAAGAUAGCAACCAUCGCCCUGUUGAGGUGAACCCCAUGCGACACGCGAGCGGGACGCAAUUAUGUCAUUUUGUACCAGCACGCACUUACGUUGGUGGUUUCUGA